AUGUAAUUAAAUAAGAUUAAGCUAAUGCUUAGAUUAAUAAUAAUUAAAAUGAUUUAUAAGAUAAAGAUUAAAAGUAAAAUUUGCUUAAUUAAAUAAAUAAGUUGAUUAAUAAAGAUUAGAAGAGGAUAAUAAUUAAAAUGAACAAAAAUCUAUAACAUUUUUUGAUGAAAUCAAUCUUAAGAAUUAAGAAUUAAGAAUUAUUAUUGUAAUAAAGAAAUACUUAUAAAAAGUAUAAAAUAGCAUUAAAUAAUAUAGAUAAGAAAUUAAAUAGCAUAGGAAUUAUAAUUUAUAAAUCAUUACCAUAUGAUUAUUGUAAAAAAACUAAGAUUUAAUUUCUUAGAGCCAGUUAUUUUCUUAAGAAAAUUAAAUGAAAAGUCAUUAUUAUUAGCAAAUGAAUUCUUAUUAUAAUUAGAAAAUUAUUUGAUGCAUUUAUUAAAGAGGGAUUAUAAGAUUUAGGAUUUUGGACGUUAAAUCCUCAUAAAUCACUUUAUUAGUUAAGUGAUUUGUGUAUUAUAUUCAUAAUAUAUCUAUAAAAUUAAACGGAUAGAGAAUCUUCAGAGAAAGUAGCUAGAAAUAGAAUUUUUCUAAAUUAAUUCAAAAUUGCAGAUACUUUGGUUGCUAUUAUAUCUAGUGUGUAAAAUCAAAUAUCAGCACUUAACUCUCUUUAUCAGAAUUAUAAUUGCAUUUUAAAGAAUUAAUGAUGAUCUAAAUAAUCUUGAAAUUCAGGAAGGGGCAAUGAUUGAAUCAUUGUUAAAUCAAAUAAUAUUUAAAUAUAAUUAUUCUGUCUUUAAUUUUAAAGUUAUUGUUAAUUAAUGGAAUGCUACAACUCUAUAAACAAUAAUUGUUGAUUAAUUUAUUGAUACAUGAAUAUAAAGAUGUAAGGAACUAUCCAAAUAAUAACAUUAUCGAAGAUAAUUUUUGGGAGGAUACUUUAAUAGAAAGAAUGAAAAAUUCUCAGAAUCAAUAAACUAUAUGUAACAGUUAUUGUAAUCAGAUUUGAAUAAGUUAGAGUUACAUUAGUAUUAAUCAUAUAUUUCAUGUUAAGGAGAUUUAGUAUCAUAAUCAUAUAGAGAUAGGUGUGUAUCUAUUGUUAAUUUGUUAAAUUAAAUAAAUCAGCAAUUUGAAAAGAAUAAAAUAUUAAUGAUAAUUUCUAUCAAAUAAGCCAACUUAACUUUUUAAUCCAUAAACAUCUCUUUGAGCAUAAUGGUAGAAAGAACUAAAAUCAUAAUUAUCUGAUAUUUCUUAUACUAUUGAAUCUAAAAAAAGAUUAAAAGAAGAUUUGUAAAAGUUAAAAUAAGAAAAAUCUCAAAUAUAUUCUGAUUGUGUGGCUUUGCUUAAAAAUAAGGAGGCUUUAGAAAAUAAAGUUGUUGAUUUAUAAAUUAAAGCAAAUAGAGUAUAAGUUCUAGAAAAUGAAAAACAAAGACAUUUGGAGAAGAUUAAAGGAUUUAAUGAAGCUUCAGAAUUAACAAGAAAAGAAAUUGAUAAUCUAGAAAUAAAUUGA